CGCGUGCGUGGAACAUGUAUGCCGAUGCUCUUCUUAUUGUGGCCAUUUCUGUUAUUACAGCGCUUCUCUCGGAAGCAAUCACCUGGGUGUUAGUUUAUCGAACUGACACGUACAAGAGAUUGAAGGCAUCUAUAGAAAAGCAGAGCAAGCGUCUUGAAAGAAAAAAGGAGGCAGUGACCGACAUCAGUAAACAAGGAGGACAAAAGAGGAAACUUGAGAAGGCAGAAGAACGCUUGAAAACAAACAACAGGGACUUGUCUUUGGUAAAGAUGAAGUCAAUGGUUGCUAUCAGUUUUACUUUUAUGGCUCUAAUGGGAAUGUUCAACACACUAUUUGAUGGUCGCAUUGUUGCCAAACUUCCUUUUGAGCCCAUCUCACUUCUGCAGGGACUCUCACAUCGAAACCUAAUGGGAUCUGAUUACACUGACUGCUCUUUCAUCUUUCUCUACAUUUUAUGUACCAUGUCAAUACGACAGAAUGUUCAGAAGGCGUUUGGUAAUGCGCCGUCAAGAGCUGCGAGCAAACUUGCAGGAGGUUUGUUUCAACCUCCUUCUACUAAGUAGCCAUAGUUGCAGUACAAGUCAGACAAACAAUUUGCAAGUUGCAAUUAGAAGAUAUAGUAGGCUACUGUAGCUUUUCAAAUUACGUCGAUGUUCAGUCUACCGCUUGCAAGAAGUAUUGUACUGUGGGUAUAUAUGAAUUGCGUGAAAGUAUGACUGAAGUCACAA